CCAUCACCAGCGAACAAAUCGUCACCUACUUUAACCUCGCAACUCUCGCCCCCACCUUACAUUAACGCCCGCAGGCCGCACCUCUCUCUCUUUGCGUUUCAAAUCUCUUCACCCCAUUCAAAGACGCAGCUUUGAGCUAUCAGAAAUGGCGUCUACUGCGCUCUCACAGUCUUUUUUCUCCACUCUCACUCCUCACUCUGCCGCCGCCUCUCACAAGACCCUCGACAAUGCUUCUUCCCUCUCGUUGAAUCGCUCGCUGCCCUUCAAAUCCCACCCCUUGUCGACCCAAUGCGAUAAAACCCGGGCUAGCUUCGUCCCCAAAUGUACUGCAAAUGAAUCGGCCACCAAAACCACCGAGACCCCUAUUGAAUUGAGUUACCCGUCGUUUCCGUCUGUGGUGGAUAUCAAUCAGAUUAUGGAUAUUCUACCUCACCGUUAUCCAUUUUUGCUUGUGGAUAGAGUGAUUGAGUACAAUCCGGGAGUUUCAGCGGUUGGAAUCAAGAAUGUUACUAUUAAUGACCAGUUCUUCAACGGCCACUUUCCGGGGAGGCCAAUCAUGCCUGGUGUUCUCAUGAUUGAGGCACUGGCCCAAGUUGGUGGGAUAGUCAUGCUGCAACCCGAAGUAGGAGGCUCCCGUAGCAACUUCUUCUUUGCUGGAAUCGACAAAGUAAGAUUCAGGAAGCCGGUGGUGGCUGGUGAUACUUUGGUGAUGAGAAUGACGCUCACCAAGCUGCAAAAACGCUUUGGAAUAGCGAAGAUGGAAGGAAAAGCCUACGUAGGAGGUGAUUUGGUUUGCGAGGGUGAGUUUUUGAUGGCCACUGGCAGCGAGUAGUAGAAGUGUGCGAUGCACUUGAGCCCCCCCCUCCCUUUGAUGUUUGAUCAAUUUACUUGUUUAUUUGGAUAAUGCCUGCAAUGGCUUCCAAUUAUCCCCCCUCUUCACCAUCAGUUUUCUCAUUGAGGACAGUGUCUCUUAGGACAAGCUAAUUGCUCAUCUUCUGUUAAGAGUAUGUUGUAUGAUGAUUUGAACAUUUAUUUGGUCUUCUUGGUCCAAACCAUCUGCCAAAGUCAUUUUGUUAUUGUCUCAAUAUAGAGUUCUAUUACAUAUAA